AUGUCUACCCCCAGCGUCCCUCCGCGUCCUCAGCGCACCCAAGCUGGCCACACGGCUGUCAAGAACGACACGCCCUCGAUUCCACCUCGUCCCACCCGCAAGACCGACCCCUCACCCGAUCGAGAGGCCUAUGGGCGCUCGCCGCUGAAUGGCCCGCCCGUGUCAAUAAGCAGCAAACCGGUCCGCCCAGCGAGCGGCCGGAAUAGUGAGGAGCUUCCUCGCCGCCCACCCAGCGUCUCGAUACCAGACGUGGGCCAUGAAGGAGAGGAGUAUUCCAGCUUCGAUUACCUCCCAGCCGAAGCUCAUGGAGUGGAUACCUCGAAAUCAGAAGCUGCGGCCGAUGAGCAGACCAAAAGUGUAUCUGCAGACCUCCCGAUGCACCAGCCUCGGGCCAGCGUGCCGCAAUCCACCGCGAGGAGGCAGAUUCAGACGGUCACGAGCACUGACUCCACCCAGGCUGCUGCCGCAGGUAUUGGAAGGGCUCGGCCGGCUGACGAUGUGCACAAAAUGCCACCCCACGAUGCUCGCACCGAGUCUCCUCUGAGUCGCGUGACCAGCAACACCGAGCCACGACGUGCUCCCUCAGCCGAGUUGGGCAAUCCCCUUCGAACCAAGGCCAGCUUCAACCGUUCCACUCCCAGCUUGAACCCGCUUGAGCGGACGACAUCUCGCCCCGGCAGCAUUCACGGCGAUGACCGUGAGCACGGUAUUCCCGAGAUUGGCGUCCAAGUCCCGCUACUGGCCAUGGCUGGUGAUGUUCAGGCGCCUACUCCACAGCCAGGCCAGACUCAGCACGCACCUGGCAUUGGUUUCUUCAAUGACGGCUCAGCCCGUAACCACCAUCGUAAGAGGAGUUCGCGCCACGAGUUUGGGCCCCCGGAUAGCUAUGGUAUCCGCCACGACCAGGAUCACCAAGAUCAGUUUGAGAGGGAGUGGGUACGAAAACACCCCCAAGAGGCUGCUCGAGAGGAGCUCCAAGCACACUUGCCAAAGCCAGAGACGGCCUUGAGCAGCGAGCAGCUGAACAGACUUGUUUCUGCUGGCUCCGUUGCUCAAGUCGCCACUCCUGGCACCCCAGAUGAACAUGAGGCCGAGGAGUACCUGUCCCGCAUUUCGUCGGCAGCUCCAUCUCCCGCCCUCGGAGAUCGCAAGAAGCGCGCUUCAAGUGGCUCCCAGACCAAACCCGAGUCACCCCUGCGCAAGACCAGCUUCCCCUUCAACGACAAGAAUCGUCUCCACCCAGACGACGCCCUCGAAGACGAGCCUUCUCCAUUCACACGAGGUGGCAACAGCUAUAUCGAAGAUGAACAUGAACACGAGCACGCAGAUGGUACUCCCAUCCUGGCAGCCGAUGAGCUCUUGAAGAGACCCAGUAGUGCUUUUAUGCACGCGGCCGUGACACCCGACCCAGAUAGCCACUACGACGAAUACUACGACAGCGAUACGGCUCGUCCCAGCCGUCGGGGUAGUGCUCAACCUCCAAGUCGCCCAUCGAGUAGACCCAGCAGUGUCCACGGUACCAUGCAAGGAUACACUGGCGGUUCGCUGCACCGUUUCAUAUCCCACGAAGAGCAACAUCAUUCGGGUAUAGGCACACCUCUCGAGGAGAUUGAAGAGUAUGAACCAUUGUUUCCAGAGGAUGAGGAUAAGAACCAGACUAGCCCAAAGAAAGUGUUCAAGAAGAGGCCAGAGCUCGCACAGCACCACUUCCCCAGCCGCGACGUGUGGGAAGACACCCCCGAUUCAUUGCAAUACUCGACCACCGUCUCAACGCCCGAAAUCGAAAAGACUCAGCAGGUGCUAGACGCCGAUCGAGCUGCUGCAAAGUCUGCAUUCGAAACACCUGCCGAAGAAGCACAGCGUCGCCAGCAAAACGACAAGGAGAAUGACAUGACCUCGGACAACAAGACUUUCAUAAAACCGCAGUUCAAGUCAGCCGUGGUUGACGAUAUGCAUCGCCCUGGUGCACAUCGUUUCCCAAGUUCAGAUGUGUGGGAAGAUUCACCUGACAGUGUGCGGUUGGUGACGACUGUCAGCGGUCCUCAGAUGGACGAUGCAAGAAGCCCUCCAGAUGACCGGCCAUCUACGUACGCUCUUCCAGGUAGCCAAGACGAUGACGAAGCUCGUGCAACGACAGGCUUCAGUCAAUCCAUACGGCCGUCCAUCCCGUCCCGGCCGCAGCGCGGUUCAAAGCUUGGAGAGGAAGUUAAGCCUUCAGAGAUUGACGGGCAACGUGGUGCAGGGGCCAAGAGUCCGCCGAGUAUACCAGAGAAGCCCAAGGUCCCUGCUCGUCCAGCUCGUCCCGCAAAGACGGCUGAUGGCGUGGCUGCUGAAGAUGCAAUCGCCGCCGUCAAGGCGAAACCACCGGUGCCUGCGAGGCCUGGAGGUGAAAAGAUUGCUGCCUUGAAAGCUGGUUUCAUGAACGAUCUCAACAACCGUCUCAAACUCGGUCCUCAGGGUCCACCUCCCAAGAAGGAGCCGGAAGCAGAGCCUGCGGAAGAGGAACAAAAAGCACCACUUGCUGAUGCACGUAAGAGCCGUGCCAAAGGACCUGCAAGACGUAAGCCGGCGGCAUCUCCUGUCCAUGAUAGGAAGUCGUCUGUGACUUUUGCAAUGUCUCCAUUGAUCCACAUGUGGUCGAUUGAUGAAGAGGAUGAACUCAGAGUGCACGAGAGAGAGGUCGCAAAAGCUGCUGCAGCCGAGUCAAGAGAAGCUGAGAAGAUACUCGCACAGAACGAAAUACACAACACGGAAUCAGCGGCACCCGCAGAAGAUGUAGCUGUUGAGGACGUGGCCACGAAGAUCAGCAACGCGGACCAGCCUGGCGAAGUGGCUCGUGAGCAUCGCAGCUCCGAGUCGGAAUUGAAGGCUGCUCUCGCCGAAGCUGGUGCAGCACCAUCGUCAUAUGCCGAAGGUGAUGUUCAAGACGACGCGCAGCAAACCAAGCUAUCGACCAGCGAGAUCUCCAAAGACGCGCCUGCCCAGACUGAAGACGACACGCAAGCUAGAGAAGAGUCCUCGACCGCCGCGCAGAUCGCAGAGACCAAGACUGCAGACACCGCUGUACAGACUGGCGAGACCGACGUGACGACGACACUGCCAUCCGGAGAACAAGAGAAGAUGACGGCUUAUCUUGGCGCCAAAGUGCCAGAGGAGGGUGAUGUGAUUAUCAAAGAUGGCAAAGACGUGCAAUCAUGA